CAGAAAUUUCAUUGUCGACUAAAGCUCAAAGAAAACAACUGGCUUAUCCGACAGUUACCUUGAAACUUGUUGGUGUGACCUUUAGGAGAUGGCGAAAUUUUGAAAGAAGCGUGAAAUGGCUGAAAUAUUUUAUAAUGGUAGGAGAGUUGACGGUCGCCGGCCAAAUGAACUUCGACGAGUUCAAUGUCAGUUUGGCUCGGGCUAUUCUGACGGAAUAGUAUUUUUGCAUCAAGGGAAUACCAAGGUGAUUGCAUCCGUUGUUGGACCCCACGCUCCGCGAAAAAAAGGAGAUGGUUCUCCAGAUGGUGCGACUAUAACAUGCCAAUUUACCAAACCCCCCUUCGCAUCAACUUCAGGGGAACGUCGCAAAUUGUCAUCAAACGAUAGAUCAGCGAAUGAUUUUGCUACUGCCAUUGAGGAGAUAUUUUCAUGCGUCAUCAGAGCAGAAAAGUAUCCGAUGUCUCAAAUAGAUAUUUUUCUUGAAAUUAUUCAGUCGGAUGGCUCCGAGUUUGCUUGUGCUGUAAAUGCGACUACACUUGCCUUAACAGAUGCUGGUAUUGAAAUGCAUUACCUCGUCAGUGCAGCUACAGUCGGUUUGUGGGGUUCACAUGUGUUUGCUGAUCUCUGUCGUUUUGAGGAGAAUCCACGUUUAUCACAGUUAACUGUUGUAUGUCUUCCAAAUCUUCAUCAGCUUUCUGACGUUAAUACAGAAGUGCAAACAGACCAGUCAAAAAGUCAGCCUCAAAUCCUCCAUACACGUCUUUCUUCCUGGUUACCUGUUGAGAGAUUACAACCACUCAUAACAGAAGCUGUAAAAGUAGCUCAAACACUUCACAAAGAAUUUUCUUUUUUGCUACGGGGCCGUGUGCGUAGUGGUCUCAUCACCAGGUAAACUAUCAACCUGAGUCACCACCAACAGAGAUUUUAAACAUCAGAUCUAUAUUAUCUGAGCAAAACGUAUGUGAAAUGUGAUGUCUUAUAACUAAUAAAGUCGCAAUAUAAACUUUCAUCCCGACUAACUUAUGUAUAAUCUAUGAAGUAGAGAAUUCUCUUAAUUGAUUCGGUUAACUCCCUGAUCAGAAUGCUCCCUUCAUCCUUAAAAUACAAUUGAGGCAGGUAUUUCCAGUUUCCUUUUAUAAACCUUUAACCGGAAUGUACAAUCUACGAAAGGAUAUAAAAACUCUAUAGUUCCCGAAGGCAGAUCCGUUUAAACGUCACUCAUCGCUUCAUAGUCCUGGAUCGCACGUAUACUAAUUGUUACCCGCCAUUGUAGGUGGAGUUUUCGCAUGCGACAGCCAAGCACAAAGCUCUACAUGUACAGCUUUAUGAGAACACACGUGCUACUUGACGGGAAGUAAGAUACCAAACAUCGUUUGUACGAGAACUCUACUGAAUGGGAAGAGCUAGUCCUUUUCUUAAUGCAUUAAUUGGUUCUUAAAACGGGGUUUUGUUCUUCUCAUCGUAAACUGACCGUAAUAAGUGUCACUUCUUUGUAUUUUAGAAAUAUUUUUAAGUUUACAAUAUUUUCUACUGAAUAUUCAUAUCUUUCUCA